CUUUUUCCACCAGCCAAUGCAGUCUGCAUAUUUUCUAUCGCUAUGAAUUCAAGAAGUAAAAGCGCUAUAUUGCAUCUAAGUUCAGAUGACACAGAAUCAUCUUCGAAGGCGAGUAAUUGUGACUGCAACGAUUUCGAUGAUAAAAUGCACUCACAAAUGGUACAUGAAAAUAAGCUAAGAGAGAUGGAAUUUAAAUUGGCGAUUGCCAACGAAAAGUUGGCCCUAUUCGACGAUAAAAUUAAGGACAAAAACGAGAUAAUUGAGGCCUUAAAAAUGUCUAACAACGUUUAUAAAUCAGAUUAUAAGGAUAGAUUGGAUGCUCAGGCAAGCAUAAUUAAAAAACUAGAGGAGGAAUUGUCAACCUUAAGAAAAGAAAAGUUAAACUCUAGCCAAGAUCUUGAGACAAACAGCAAUAAAUCAAAGCUAAGAUCAACAAUUUUUUUUCUUAAAGAAAGCGAAAAGGAAAAAAAAUUACUUAUUUCUUCCCUCGAAGCUCAGAUUAAAGAGAAGGCUAAAACGGAAAGAGAAAACUCACAACUUAUUAAGUCCUUAAAGUCUCAGAUAGGCGACAAUGAUGAAAAGCUAAAGGACAAACAUGAUCUUAUAGCAACACUCGAAGCUCGUUUGAAAGAAAACGAUAGGAAAAAUAUUGAAAACGAACAAAAUUCUCUAAGCGUUCAAAUUUGUGGGAUAAUUUCUGAAGAGAAAGAAUAUAAAUCUCUUAUAGCAUCGCUCAAAAAUCAGAUAGACCAAAAAAGCGAAACACUGAAAAAAAAUAAAGGGGUAAUAUCUUCACUCAAGGCUCAAAUAAAGGAGAAUGAUAAAAUAAAUAGUGAAGUAAUAGCAAAUCAUAAGGCGGAGAUUAAAGAAAAAGAUCACCAAAUUUAUUAUUUAGAACUGGGUCUAAACCAUUUGCUCCUUAUGGUGAAACUGAAUGCUAAUAAGGAAAGACUAAAAGAAACCCAUAAGAUUAUAUCAUCAGAGGGUCAAAACGAACAACAAAUUUCCAACGCUUUGUAAACAAAUUUAUUUAAUAAAACAUAUGUAUUAAUUAUACUAUACUUUUAUAUCGCAAAGAAGAAUAUUGUACAUUACAGCUUUAUGUCAGCAAGGGGACGCCAUCAUGCGGGAAUUUCAAGAACGACGGUGCUGACACCCUCGUGAAAAAAGGUCCUUUAAACCGCUAUUCCCAAAUACGGAAAAACAUUUCCCCAUUG